UCGGGAUGGAGCGAGCGGCAGGGCCCGGAACCGGCACCGGUUCUGCGCUGGCCGCCUCACUGGCCGAGGGGCUGAUCAAAUCGCCGCGGCCGCUGAUGAAGAAGCAGGCGGUCAAGCGACACCACCACAAGCACAACCUCAAGCACCGCUACGAGUUCCUGGAAACGCUGGGCAAAGGCACCUACGGGAAGGUGAAGAAAGCCCGGGAGCGCUCCGGGAAGCUGGUGGCCAUCAAAUCCAUCCGCAAGGACAAAAUCAAGGAUGAGCAGGACCUUGUCCACAUCCGGAGGGAGAUUGAGAUCAUGUCCUCCCUCAACCACCCGCACAUCAUCGCUGUGCACGAAGUGUUCGAGAACAGCGCCAAGAUCGUCAUCGUGAUGGAAUACGCCAGCAAGGGCGACCUGUACGAGUACAUCAGCGAGCGGCAGCGGCUCUCGGAGCAGGAGGCGCGACACUUCUUCCGCCAGGUCGUGUCCGCCGUCUACUACUGCCACAAGAACGGGAUCGUCCACCGGGACCUGAAGCUGGAGAACAUCCUGCUGGAUGCCAACGGGAACAUCAAGAUUGCAGAUUUCGGGCUGUCCAACGUUUUCCAGCAGGACAAGCUCCUGCAGACCUACUGCGGCAGCCCCCUGUACGCGUCCCCCGAGAUCAUCAACGGGCGGCCCUACAAGGGCCCCGAGGUGGACAGCUGGUCCCUGGGUGUCCUCCUCUACAUCCUGGUCCACGGCACGAUGCCCUUCGACGGCCACGACUACAAGACUCUGGUCAAGCAGAUCACGAGCGGGGACUACCGGGAGCCCACGAAGCUCUCAGACGCCUGCGGGCUGAUCCGCUGGAUGCUGAUGGUGAACCCCGAGCGCCGGGCCACCAUCGAGGACAUCGCCACGCACUGGUGGGUCAACUGGGGCUACAAAAUGCCGCUGGGCGAGCAGGAGCUGCUGCGGGAGAGCGAAUCGCCGCUGGCCACGGUGGCCGAGUGGCUGCGCCGCUCCUCCCGGCCCCUGCUGGAGAACGGCUCCAAGGUGCGCUGCUUCCUGAAGCAGCACAUCCCCAGCGUGGCCCUGGAGCGGCAGCGCUCCCUCAAGAAGUCCAAGAAGGAGAACGACGUCUCGCACGCUCUGCAGGAGGUGCCCGCGGGCCCCGAGAACCCCUCCAAGUCCAUCCUCAAGCGGCCCAAGGGCAUCCUGAAGAAGAGGAGCUCCUGCGAGCAGAAGGUGCCCAGCCCCUGCCCGCCGCAGGGGGAGGAUGAGGAGGGGGUCCCCGCGGGCUUCUCCAGGAUCCUGCCCUCGGGAACAGCGGGAGCGGCGCCCGCGGCCGUGCCCAAGAAGGGAAUCCUGAAGAAGCCCUCGGCCAGGGAAUCGGGGUAUUACUCGUCCCUGGAAUGCUCCGAGUCCGGGGACGUGCUGGACGCGGGGAGCUUGGACCUGGACGGGAGCGUGUUCGCCGAGCCGCCCUCCCCGCCCCGCCAGGGCCUCCCCGCCCGCAGGAAAGGAAUCCUCAAGCACAACGGCAAAUUCUCCUCGGGGAGCGCCGAGCCGGGGACCCCCCCCGGGAGGGGCUUCGGGGGCUUCAGCGAGGUGUCGCUGCCCCAGGGCCCCCGCGGCCGGCCGGCCAGCGCCGUCAGCGAGGACAGCAUCCUGUCCACAGAGUCCUUCGAGCAGCUGGACCUGCCCGCCCGCGGGCCCCCCGGCACCGGGGCCAUGCGGGGCUGCGUGUCCGCCGAGAGCCUCCUGCGGCUGGAGGAGGAGGAGGAGCGGGAGGAAGGGCGGCGGGUGCGCCGCUGGACCGUCACCCACUGCCGCAGCCCCUUGGCGGAGAGCAGCGCGUCCCUGGCGGGCGGUGACGGCGGCACCGAGCUCUACCGGAGCGCUCUGGCCGUAGGGGUGAAGCUGAGCUGA